AGUACAGUAUGUGACUCCACAGUGGAGAUAAGUUGAUUCGGACAGACGAUCAUAGGCUAAAUGCAUAUGGAGAAAGAGUCGAUAGUACUGUACACUCACGGUACUAGGCCGUGUUGGGUAGGAGGCCCAGCUGCUCGUCUGCCAGGUGGCAGGUGGCAGGUGGCCCCGUGGAGCACAGUCCUCGGGUUUGUUCUUGUUUUUUUUUCUCUUUUAAAUAGUAUCAUUUUACGGUCGUUUCCCCUUCAAAGUACGGGUCUUCGAGAUGUCUGCCAGUGGUGGGUUGAGGUUCAUUGUCCUGGUGAUACUGGGGAGAGGGGCAAACGAGCAGGGAUUAGAUGACGAUGGCGAUGCUGUGAUGGGUAGGGAAAUGACCCCGAGCACUGGGUUGUCUUUCUCGGUGCUGAUGAUUGGCUUGUGCGGGUUUGAGGGGGUUUCUCUCGGAGAUGCAUGGCCAGAGGGAGAGUUAGGGACCUAGGGUCAGUGGAGAUGGAUUAUAGACAGUCAGCCAGCAAUAACCAGAACGCUUUCACCCCUCCGUG